GGUCGGGCCGAGCUGGCAGCUACAUCUACAUAGUAGCGCUAAGCGCUGAAGCGCCGCCGACCUUCUGCUGAAAGCGCGACAAAAUCACAUGUUGAAGGGAACCUCGACUGAUAGCCGGAGCCUCCUAUAAGCUCUCCUAUAUGUAGGAGCCCGUAAGCUACAUUACCGUUUUGUCCUUUUACUUUUUUGCAGUCCUUGGUCUCCUCUGCAGUCUCCUGCAACAAGCCUCAAUUAUGUUAAAGACGGCUCUGACUCAACUCUUUGACAUUCGCGUACCUGUGGUUCAAGGUGGAAUGCAAUGGGUAGGUUAUCCCAAACUAGUUGCGGCCGUGUCAAAUGCUGGUGGUUUAGGCAUCAUCACGGCUUUGUCCCAGCCUAGUCCUACAGCGUUGCGCCAGGCAAUCCGAGAGACUCGUACGCUGACCGACAAGCCUUUUGGCGUCAACAUCACCUUAGCACCCACGAUCAAUCCACCGGACUAUGAAGGAUUUGCCCGAGCUGCUAUAGAAGAAGGCGUGAAGAUAUUUGAAACUGCUGGCAACAAUCCUGGUCCCCUAAUCAAAUUCUUCAAAUCGCAAGGCUGUUUGGUAAUCCACAAGUGCACUACCAUCCGACAUGCUAAGAGCGCGGAGAAGCUAGGCGUGGACGUGUUAAGUAUUGAUGGUUUUGAAUGCGCUGGUCUUCCGGGCGAAGAUGACAUAGGUGGUCUGGUUCUUCUUGCUCGGGCCGCGAAAGAGUUGAAGAUACCAUACAUUGCAUCUGGAGGCUUUGCGGACGGUCGAGGUCUUGCCGCCGCUUUAGCUUUGGGUGCUGCUGGCAUCAACAUGGGAACACGAUUCAUGUGUACGGUAGAAAGUUCAAUCCACGAAAACAUCAAACACAAAAUUGUCCAAUCCACCGAAGACGAUACCGUACAUGUAUUUCGGACGCUCCACAAUACUGCGCGGGUAUUCAAAAACAAAGUCUCGACGGAGGUCGUGGCGAUUGAGAAGAGGCCAGGAGGUGCGAAAUUCGAGGACAUUCGCGAUUUGGUAUCGGGUCAACGGGGCAGGGUUGUAUUUGAGACCGGGGAUCCAGACCAUGGAAUAUGGAGCGCUGGAUUAACGAUUGGGUUAAUUGAUGACAUUCCGACUUGCCAGGAGUUGUUGGAGAGAAUGGAACACGAAGCAGAGGAAAUCAUUGGGAAUAUGAGUUCGUUGGUGACACCGAAAGCGAAGCUGUGAACUAUCGUUUAAUCUUUGCACAUACUGUAUAUGUACUACUAAAUACUACUUUGGAUGUAUUAUUGUCGAAUAAU